ACUGCGGCAGACAUUCUGGCACUGGGGGGAACUGACUUGGUGUAAAAAAAAUCACUGACGCUGUACUAAUGGCACUGGGCAGGAAGGGGUUUGCAUGAGGGGAGAUCAAAGGGUUAACUGUGUGCUGGGAGUGUUUACUAGGGGGUGGUGUCAGUGUGCUUCACUCAUGGACAUGCUGCUUUGUAUCUCUCUGCACAGCAGAGAGAUACAAAAUAGCAUGCUCCCUACCCCUGGCGAACACCCCUACCACUGACGGGUGUACUCAGUAGUCGCGACCUGGUCUCGGGG